AAUACAUGGGUUACUGAAAUCCACGUAUGUCAAGAUAAUCGUCUGGUCAACCCUCGCUUCUAUCCAGUAGGUUAUAGCUGCAUGCAGUGUUAGCAGGAAUAAUAGGGCACGAAUAGCAUACAUCUCAGGAGAAGUCUGUGUGCGGCAUACACAGUAGGUGUUCAACCUCCACAUAAGUAGCCUAAGCAUUGUCAGGACGUCCAUAGGCCUAUAUUGUGUACAGUAGGCUAUCUGGAAGCAAAGGGCUUCUACGAGUAUUCGGUCCGUACCAGUAAGCAUGUAAAAAAAACAGCAAUCGUUUAAAGCGGACUGAUUUACUGCGUUUACGGCCCUAUAAAACGCCUCAAACAUCGCUGCCAAAAGUAAUAGAAAUGGCGGGCGCGGUCUACACAUAAACAAACCAUAAACAUCUGCCCUGUUAUGUCAUUUUCACCUGCUCAUAUAAGACUAAAAGAAGGCCACUACCGCUACAUUAGAUGAUGAUUAACAGGUGAUUGACCUCGUAUUAUAACCCUUGUUAAUAUAAUCGUAUUAUAAUCCAUCCCUAGUAUGUAGUAGGUCCUACAUUUAUAAUAUAUUUAUUUUAUAUAAAUAUUUAAUAUUUAAAUAUUUAAUAUUAUUAUUAUGAACUCCAUUGACUCACAAAGGUCACAUUGAUUAUAUAGGUCUACAGUCCUGUGGUUUGUGGUGUCGUGCAUAAUUGAAGGCAUCAGCCACUGACAAAUUUAGCCAGCAGUUAAUGACAGUAUAAUAGUACCUGUAAAGCGUCUGUGGCAACGGAUAGUCUACCAGACAUAAUUGACAGCUUAUCUGCAAGAGUUUGUAACGGACUUACUCCCCCAUCUAGGUUUAACAUCAAAUUAAUAACCAUACACGUGCACUUAGACAAUCACUAGUUUUGAUGGAGAUAAACUUACGAUUGGACAAAACGUCCCUACGAGUCAUUUCAGGGCACGUAAAGCUGGUUUCAUCAACAUUGCAGCCUUAUAAAGAUUUGUAUUCAAAUGCAUACAUCUCUAAACAUGGAGAGAGAGAGACAGAGACCUCAAUGCAAUAUCCAAUAAUGACAGUGAUAUAAACAUUAGAGAUAUACCAUCAUUAAAUAAUAUUUGCCUUCCCUUGUGUCCAUUGCACAAGAUAGCAAAGUAGGCCUAUUUGACAACUAUGAAUGCAUUUGAAAAGUAUUAAUGCAUUUGAAAAGUAUUAAUGCAUUUGAAAAGUAUUAAUGCAUUUGAAAAGUAUUUGGAAUGCUAUGUUUGAAAAGUAUCGGCACAGUUUUGAAAGUUCUCAAAUGCAAAGCAAAAUACUCAUUGUGUGGUUACUUCACUGAUACGGUGCCCAUUUGGUGUCCACUUUCUUCUCAUAUGAGCCAAGCUCAGUUCUAGUUAAAAAUAUAUAUAUAUAUAUCAUAAUUCGAACUGCUAUGUGAAAGUGAAUUUUACCGUAUUUUUUUUUUUUUUUUACCUAUUUAGGAUUUGGCAUUUUGUGUUGGAUUAUUUUAUAUUUGAGAAUAAUAUUCUUAGAGAGUGUCAUAGGCCAACUUUCUGUGAUCUAAUCAUUCUACUUUUUUAUUGGUUAUUAUUUUUACUAUUAAUACUUAUUAUUAUUAUUAUUUACUGCUAUUUGUACCUCUGAAAUGAUGCUAAUAAUAUAACUAUAAUGACACUGGGUAAUUCACAUAAGAAGUGUUUGUGUUGCAAUUUUUUGCUGCAAUAUCAAUGGCAUUGGUAACACAACAAGGGAGCGAGUGAGAGAGAAAUUAAAAUUGAAUUCAGAGAGAGCAGUGAGAGAGAGAGAGAGAGAGAGAGAGAGAGAGAGAGAGAGAGAGAGAGAGAGAGAUAUUAUGCACACAAUGGCGACCGAAAAUAUGUUUCAAAACCUUUGGUUCCUUAUCCGGGGACUAGCUCUCACUCUGCCAUUGGGCCGUGGGGUCACGUGGUAAAACUAACUUUACAAGGGCUGCUCGCAAGUAGGAGGGCUAUAUGGAGCAGAAAAACGACAAAGCUAGAAAAAUAAAUUUCCACUGCAGAAAUUAAUGAUCAUGAGCUCGUAUUUGAUGGACUCUACCUACAUUGAUCCGAAAUUUCCUCCAUGCGAGGAAUAUUCACAAAACAGCUACAUCCCCGAGCACAGCCCCGAAUAUUACAGCCGCGCCAGGGACCCUAGCUCUGGUUACCAGCAUCACCAUCAGGAGUUAUACCCUCCGCGGGCGAGCUACCAAGAGCGCCAAUAUAAUUGUGCAAGCAUCCCUGAACCUGACACGCAAAGGGGACAUGGACUACCCCAUUCUGCGCACCUGCUUGCAGGGAAAGGGCAGCCAGCCUCAUGUGAGACCCCACAGUUACCCAUGUCCCCCAUCACUCCACCAGCUGCAUCCUCCGCCUGCAACCAAGCUACACCGGAGCAUCCAAACAGCUCAGCCUCCUCCAAGCAGCCCGUGGUAUACCCAUGGAUGAAGAAAAUUCACGUCAGCACCGCGAACCCGAAUUACAAUGGACCGGAUUCCAAGCGGUCUAGGACAGCUUAUACUCGACAGCAGGUCUUAGAAUUGGAGAAGGAAUUCCACUAUAACCGCUAUUUAACUCGGCGGAGGCGCAUUGAGAUAGCCCAUACCUUGGUUCUCUCCGAACGACAAAUCAAGAUUUGGUUUCAGAACCGCAGGAUGAAGUGGAAAAAAGACCAUAGGCUUCCUAACACCAAAGUGAGAUCCUCCACCGCGGGCAUAUCCUCCGGGUCCAACACAACCUCAUCAGCCUGUGUUGUCGCCACUUCCUCGGCCACUGGUAGCAUUACUCCCGAUGAACUGUCCGGAGUAGAGGAUGGCGAGGAUAUUACAAGGUUAUAAGGCGAAAAGAAAACCACUUUAAGAAGGGGGAUAGAGAAUGACUGAUUAUUUAUAGUAUAUUAUAUAUUUUGUUUUCGUAGGUAUUUGUGCGGUUUCAUUUAAGUCCAAAGUUAUAUAAAAUGCAUGUUAUAUCGCAUGGAUUUAUACGAAUACUGAUGAGUUAUUUUUACGUGACACAGGGUUUAAGUUAUUUAAUGCUGAAUCAAGAUUAUGUUUUUUUUAUGAGAAAAAUGUUUUGAAUGAAGGAAAUUAUUGUACAUUUAAUCUAAAUGUUAUUGUGAGCUAUUUGUUUGCCCUACCGCCCAAGUUGAAAUGCACAAUCUAUUUAUUUCAAGCUCAACACUGGAAGAAUGUCAUUAUUAGGCAAUCAUAGUUAUUUUUGGUAAAAAUGCUGGAACGUACCGAUGGAACAUUGAUCUUGAACGCAUAUGUUUAGGAUUAUAACAAGGUGAAUUAGCUCCUUGCUUUCAGAAACAGGAUUUUUAAUUACAAUCUAGUUUGUGGUGUGUUUAGCAGAUUAUUGUGAAAUGCAAUACACAGAGUUUAGUGUAUUUGUUAUAAUCAUAUUGGUCAAUAAAACAGUGGGUGUACUAGUUUUA